GAGUGUGAAGAAUACUAGGCAGAUUUAUACAUAUAAUUGUUAGAAAAGAGCUUAGUAAAGCUUGAGCAGUCUUUUGGCGUAACUCUUAGGGUAUCAAGAUGAGGAUCCAGCAAUUUAUGGUGAAGUAUUCAGAGAAGAAUGCAUGUUUUGGAAUAAUUAAAUCGAAUGCAGACUGUGAAAGGUGUAAAAAUGGAUUGUGUGGUGAGGUUUCGUUUCGUCGAGACUAUUAUUGUCUGCCACACUGAUUCUAUGGUCUCCCGUUUGGGAACAAGGUGUCACGCUCCAUGUUUAAUUCAUAGUAGAGAGCGAAAGUGUCCAGGCCUUGAAUUAAAUACCGUUUUACAAGCAUGCUGUUGCCAUUUAAUUAUUAUUUCGGUCACUACUCUGCUAUACGAUCUUUUUAAUAUUUCAUUUCAUUAACUUGAUUCAGUUAAAAUUAAUUAUUAUUAUUAAACUAAUCGUACUUGAUUUCCAGUUUUUAUUGGCAUUCUCAAAUAGUCUCACUUUUUGCAUUCUCAGUUAUUAAUUAUAAGCCACAUUCAAGAUAGUAUUUUUACACAAUAUUUUUCUGCUCUUAUCGUGGCUCUUAUUGCACUUGUCAUAUUUAUUAACAAUAACACAAAUAUAUUGUCAGGAAACAAUUAUCAAGUACCAGACAACAGCAUUACUAGUGAUCUACGAUAGCUUUAUCAGAUCAUAGUGAAUCCGGAAAGUGGUUUUUCGAGGUCAAAGUACAUUUCUCUAUCUUUAUACUUGCUAAAGGUAAAAGUCUUAGUAGAAAACGUUUCUAGCUUUAAAACAAGUUUCUACUAUAAGUUAUAGUGUAUUUUGUUAUGCUUCAAUUAUUUAAUUCUGUAGUAAGUAAUUUUGUGUCCAUUUUCUAUCAACCUAAAAUUGAUAUUAAUUUAGACGGUUAUUUACAAAAUUUUUGAAAAUGAAAAAAAAACAUGUGGAUGCGCCAACAAUUGUUGAAAUAGUACUAUGCAAAUUUCAGAUGCCAUAUUGUGCAAGUUUUGUAAGAGAUUCAAUAAAAUCAGUUAGGCUGACAGCUCCUAACGAUUCCCAUGAAGAUAUCCACGAAAUCCGGUUUCCAGAACACUGUGCAGCGAUAGGGUACUUGGAACUGCGCAGUUCGACUCAGUGAACGAUUAUCAGCAAACGAAUUGAUAACAAUCGAUGCGGACGAUAAUGUCGCCACAGAUUACAGAUAGAGAUGUAGUAAGGUAACUGGAUUACGCGGAUGGUUAUCGUUGAACUGAUAUAUGCGUGGUUCAAUUACGAGAUUAAUUAGUCGCUGUCGGCUUUGUAUAUAUACAAGCUAAGGGUGCGACGAUGGCUUUAAAGGACAAAUAUGUAGUACUCUUACCAAUAAGAAACUUAACCCUGUAAGGGAUAAUUGCUUUCUAAUUAAUGGACCUUUAUCAUCGCCAUUAAGAUCAUCAAACAAAUUUAUUACAAGGACAAUAUUUAAUUGAAGAAUUAAAUGAUAUGGUGAUUUAGUGUCACGCCAAUAUUUGGUGAAAUAUUUAAUUGUUUCUUGUAGAUAGUCUAAAGGAAGUACUAAAUGAUAUGGCGAUAUUGAAAAGCGUGCCAAAUGUUUGCUCAUCGUUUGGCCAGCAGGAGUUAGCUCCGUAAAUUCGAAAAGCCGCAGGGUUUCAGUUACUGGAAGUCUCGCGGAUAAACUUCAUUGAUGUAUGAAACUGAAUAUUCGAGUCCAGCCCGUUUGAUCUUCCACUUAGCACAUUUCGAGCGAAUGGAAUUUGUUAUUCGACGCAACUUCUCUGCUGAUUCUUCUUUCUCUCUUUUUCGUCCUGGAAUCUACGGCGUUGUAUAUAUAUGUCACAGAAAAUUCUAAACAGUCAAAAAACUGUGAUAGGAGACUCAAACUAGGCUUAAAAUGUUCAAAAUUAUUUAAAGUCCUGAACAACUAAUUUGUACCAGCAAGCAAAUGCAUGGGAUCCUUUAUUGUGCAGUGAGGACGUUGGAAAACAGCGAUAAGAUACAAACGAGCUUUAAGCUAUAAGAGGAGGAUUUGAGAAACAAAUGGGAUCAUAUAUAAAAUUAUUUUGCUCCUGAAUAAUUGGUAUGUGCGAACAGAAGCAUUAAUUUUGUUUCUUGAAUUGAGUAACGCAGGGAAAACCGUUUUCAUAUAGAAGAAUGGUUAAGGUCUUAAUGUUUGCGUGUUGUGGAUGCAAAGGAUUCUUUAUUGCACUGUCGUGCCGGAUAUUUUUCAUCCCGUGCGAUCAUCCGCGGAAAGCAACAGUUGGCGAGUGAGAGGCGUCGCAGGAAGAGGACGGGGCGCGCGGCGCCGCGCGGCUAGGGGGGUGGGGGCAGGUGAACUCGGAAAUCGGACAUGCGUGAGAUCAUGCGAUAUAGAGCACCGCAGCAAGGCAGUCGCGCUUAAACGGCGCCCGGCGUUGGACGUGUAGACUAGUUUCUUCUCGAGUCCCGAUUACACCGCGUUACAUCUCAUCUGGCUGCUAAUCGCUGGUCCUAACUCAGUCCAGAUCAUGGCCGAAGGACCUCCAGUACGAACUCUCUCGUCAUUUACUCUGAAUUAAUUCUGGGGUUCAGCAGGUGGCUGUGAUACUAGCGACCAAGUGAUGAUCAGUGAACUCGGAUUCUAUCAGAGACUUCUGUGUUUUUGCUAGAACUGGACUACAGAUAAGAAUCCCAAUGGGAAUACAAGGGACAGUUUUAUUCUACAGUGAUCAGCGAUGAACCGAAACGAAUAUUCCUCGAGUGGGUGAAUUAGACUUUUCGAGACUAAUUUAAGACUCUUUAACUAGUUAGAAUCUUGAUUGCAUGUAGCCUGCUUGCAGCCGAGUUGAGUGUUGUGUUUGUGAGAAGUGCUGGAUCGGCGCGAGGAUCUGAUGAAGGCUACUGAGGCCAAAGUGGUCAGUUAAAUGAGCUUCGAGUACCUCGAAUGACUAUAAGAACCCAAUCAGCGUUGUUUACAUCAAGGAUCCAAGGUAUGGAUGUCGGAUCAGAUAGCUACACCCUCUGCUCUUUGUCAUCGAGCAAUUAAUUAAAGGUUCUACUAGGUCCUGAAGCUAGGAUCACACAGUCAAGGCUUGCAAGCAACUAGUUUACAAGCUACCUCCUGAAAUCUCAUUGAACCAUCACCGUCUGGGGAUUACAUUAUAAUUUCCUUAGUUCGUCAGAACAUCUGGAGCAGUUUCUAAUCCCUCAGAUAACGGACACGAGCUCUUACAGAUCUCAAAUAAUCACCUAGCUGAUCAACUAUCGAAGCGGCUGGUAAAUCGUUCAAGGAAAAUUGUCGCAUAAAUAGACAGUGAUCGAGGGUCUAGAAUCGUUACUGUUUUCGCAGAAAUUGUCCGUUUACGAUACGGCGAAAAGCAAAGGCGACAGAAACCUCUGGCUGUCUCUUUACGAGCGAAACGUCGGCUGGCGCUCUGUGACCGUGUAAACAGGUGUCACGACGCUCUUUCGGUCCAAUGCUCUUUGAAACUGCGAGUCUUCAAUGCUUAAAAGCUCUGGCACUCACAAACGGUGAUCAAUUGACGAUAUUGAAAGCGGCUUCAACCCCGAUCUGAUGAGAGCUUUGCGACGACUGCACAACUAACAGAAGAUCAUCUUGGGCUUCUGCACGAGCUGCUAUUCCUUUUUCAUGGGGAUCUUGUAACCAGAGGUUCUUCCAACAACAUUCGGAACAGGAUAACAAAAUGGACACUUACGAGGAUAUCGAUUUGAACGAGCCGCCGAACAGUCUGAACAGCCAGAAAAAGAUACUUAAGAUAAGGGCGGAACGGUGCCACCAGAAGAACUUUUCGACACCCGGCUGGUGUCCUCAAUACUGGGAUGAAAUACUAUGCUGGCCAUCAACCGCACCUGGAGAUCUCGCCAUCUCCUCCUGUCCAUCUUACAUUGCCGGUUUCGACGUCCAGGCGAAGGCAUCCAGGCAGUGUAUGCAGGAUGGCCAUUGGUUUUGGAAUAAUAGCACCAACGGCACCUGGACUAACUACACACAGUGCUACAGGCAUCCAUUAGUAACCUUUCUGAUGGAAACGAACGGUACUCCGGAAAACAACGACACACUAUUUAAGAAAUCCAUUCCCAUAGUGAGGACCAUUUCCAACGUCGGAUAUACCGUAUCCUUCUUCACCCUGGUCGUUGCAUUCUUCAUUCUGGCUUUGAUCAAGAAAUUAAGAUGCCCGAGGAACAUGCUCCACAUGCACCUCUUCGCCUCGUUCAUGCUGCGGGCGUUCAUGGCGCUGAUGAAGGACAUGCUGUUCGUGUCCGGCAUCGCCCUAGCCUCUGACGUGAUGAUCAAGAACUGGGAAACCUUCUGGCUGGUAGACGAAAAGGACAUCAGCUGGUUGUGCAAAGCGUUCACGAGUUUCUGGCAGUACUUCAUCCUCGCCAACUACUUCUGGAUUCUGAUGGAGGGCCUGUAUCUGCAUAACUUGGUUUUCCUGGCGCUCUUCACAGAUGUUAACUCUAGUAUAGUUGGCUACGUGUGUCUUGGAUGGGGUUUGCCAGCUAUAUUCGUGUCCUGUUGGAUUGUGGCGAGGAUAACGUUGGACAACAGGUAUUGCUGGACCACUCACACGAAACCUUACCUCUUCUUACUAAUCCGAGUGCCCACGAUGCUGUCUGUUUUGAUCAACUUUGUGCUGUUCGUGAAUAUAGUCAGAGUGCUCCUGUCGAAGCUGAAAUCCACUGUUUCGGAGGAGACUCAGAGAUACAAGAGAUGGGCAAAGAGCACUCUGAUUCUAGUACCACUCUUCGGUGUUCCCUAUACUGUCUUCUUGGGCAUGUCCUACAGCACAAACGAAACCGUAGAAGUGAUAUGGCUUUUCUGCGACCAGUUGUUCGCAUCCUUUCAGGGUUUCUUUGUAGCUGUGUUGUAUUGUUUCCUCAACGGAGAGGUCCGUACAGAGUUGUCGAGAACGAUCAGGAACCAAAAAUGGCCCCGAUUGCGACCCAGAUGGAUGUCCAGACCAUCCACACACUCUGGUAGCACCUGUAGCUGCAACGCGUCCAAACUGAGUAGAUCCAAGAGACCACCAUGGUGGAAGGACCCGUGGCUCUGUUUCUUUCACGACAGGAACACUCGACGUUCUACUCACUCGAUGGCGAGUACACAAGAUAUUGGCACGCGAGGUGGUAGCCUAGCCAGCAGCAGGGGGUACCUGGAGAUCACUGGAAAUGGUCAGGCUACCCUCUCUGGAGGUACAAACCAACAACCUCGACACACAUCGCCACUUUGUAGCAAAUACACGGAUCAGUCGUUACUCUCUUUCUGUUCCAACGUAUCGGAAGUCACACCCUGUACAGGUAUGAACACGGACAAAGUCCGGGACCAGCACCGCUGGAGCGACUCAGAAUGCUGUCAUCUAGCCUAUGAACUGCACAAUCUGCACCAUGGGCCAUCCUAAGCCCUUUAAUACCAUACCUACUCGGGCUUCUUCAGCAUAUUAGCUGAGACCGUCGUUGCACGCUACUGGACUGCUAUUUCACUUGUUUGACGACGUGGAAGGGGGUUUGAGAGAUUCGUUGCAGCCACUGUUGCUCAAACAUUGAUAUUUAUUUCACUAGGGAAUUUUGUAGGUUUGGAGUUGUUUGACAUCAAUUAGUGAGAUGGAACCAGACCAGCUCAAAUAGUUUUCUGUAGACAGUGACAUAAACUGCUCUCCAGAAGACCAUCGUUCGAUCGAGGGACAAAUUUUCCAGCAUUUGAUACUAUUGGCUACAGUUUGACCAAGUAGUUGUCCAAUUUUCUGUGGAUCAAUAUUAAACAGUGUUCAAACAUUAAUCAUCCAGAACACAAAAGUUUUUACAGCAUCAAUAAAAGUCUUCAAACGUGUUCAAACGUCUUCAAACAUCGCCAGUAAUAUGCAGAACUGAAUGACCAGUUUUGUGAGCAACCGUGUAGAUAGUUAUUGCAAUCCACUCUCUCGCUCUGCAACGUGAGGCGCAAACAAACCGGUACUUAAACGAGGAAGAAACACUAACAAGAAAGGAUUGAUUAUUUUUGUACACAUUGUAUUUACACAUCAGUGGAGCUACAGCAAGCUCUGUUAAUCCAGAUCAGAUUGCAAUCUCGAUCUCUUUUCAUUAUACCGGAUUGACAGGGCUUAGCCGUGCAACGUUCUCUCCUUUGUAAAAAUAAUUAAUUGCGGAUCGUGCACCGUGUCUUGUACAUUGCAAACAGAUGGAUGUUUCUAUAUGUGUAUACGUGUGUGUUUAUAUGUACACGUGAGUGUGUGGAUGUGAUUAUUCAAAAUGUUCCGUGCGUAUCUUCUAUAGAAUUGUCAUGCUUUUAAUUACACGAAUAAUUAAAAAUGUUUUCCAGAUAUUGAAACUGAUAAUUCAACUAGCCGUGAAAUAAUUAAACACCAUAAUCUCUGUUCAACCAAUAUUUCUAUCGUUUAGAAAAAAGGAUUUAUUACUUUCGUAAUUACCUGCGUCGUCGAACGCACACGGAGAUCGAUCGAUCGCGAUGCACGAAAUACGUUAUUGUCAAUUACCUCGCAGAUGGAAAAUAUUAUAAAUAUCAAUCGCCGAUUUUUCAGUGUAAAAUAAUUGUGUACCGGAGACUAUAUUUAAUUUUCUCGUUUGCCUUGCACUUUAUGUAUGCCGCAUUUGAUCACUUUAAUUAUUAGAGAAUGUAUGAAUUAUACAUAUCACGAUCGCCGAGGCGAUCCUCCUUAAUUUACAAUUAGAAUCAGAUUUUAAUUUAUACUCUGUCGCGCUGCGUUUAAGUAGCGAAUCCAAUCACUACGCUGUCAUUAAUUAAUUAAGUAUGACCCGAAGCUGGUCAUUUAUUUUAUCUUUGCCAUGAAUAUUCUUCCAAUUUAAUUUAUGUUGGUGAACCGAACUCUGCUCAGAAAUUCAUUAAUCGUUACAUGAAUUUUCGGGUCGAUUGUGGAGAAACGAGAACCAUAGUGAUUAAGGGAACAUUUUGUGUCCCCACGAGAAUUAUUUGAUGUGAACCUCGAUGAUUAUGCAAAGUCAUGUGUACAAAAUGAGUAAUAAAAACGUACCGUGAAGCGAGAAGCUAUUCUCGUCAGUUUACAUUUUGCAUAGCAAUAAGUGCUAUGUUCUGAGGACUGUGAAUUAGAAUUUUUAAUAAACAAGAAGUAGAUUUUUGAACAAUUUCUUUAUGAAACUAAUAAAAGUUUAUGCUAACAACUAGUACACGCUUUUUAUAGUGUGUCUAUACUUACACAUAAAUAUUUACACAAUUAUUUAUGGCGUUUCGCGCGCUCACUGUCUUAUAUCGUUUUUAUUUCAUCGUUAUCUAUAGAUAUCGUUUACUAUAUUGUAUUCAAAUAAAAUAUUCAGAUAGUGAUAAUUUUGAGACACUA